AGUGGCAAGGCCCAGUCUCUGCCGGUGAAGCAGAACUGCUGAUUUCCGAGGCGGCGCUUUGAAAAGCCAGUCGAGCGACGGGGGUGGAGGGUGGAAGAGAGAGAGAGAGAGAGAGAGCCGCCGACCGGGCCGAGUUGACGCCACCACCAGGUCGGAGCCGAGUUAAGGGGUACGACCAAAACGCUGGAAGGCGCGAAAAGCCGACCGUGGCACCGAGGAGCCGCGCCCCAACACGACUCGAGCUCUGAGGAGGCCUCCUUUCUCCUCCUUCGUCACGUGGGAACGGAGUAAGCCCGCGGGUGGGAGUCCGUCGUGAACCUGAGGCGAAGAGCCGGGGGUAGCGGCGGGGACUGUUUUUCAAACGUGCAAAUUCACACUCGAGGUGCUCCAGAGGAAAGAAAGCCUUUCUUUCCUUCUUGUGGCGGACUCCAUUAAUAGCCUCGCCCUGAAAUUCCUCCUUUUCAUCCCAGGUCACUGGUGAAGAAUGUGUGGGCGCACAGCCGUUAGUCUGGGAGCGGAUCGCAUUCGCCGUGCUUGUGUAUACCAUGAUAAUCAAGGGAGGAGAAGGCAUCCUGAAUGGAAAAAUGCUGACAAAUAUAGUCCAUCCUACAAUAAGAGCCCGCACUCUAACAGCCCUGUGCUUCUCUCCCGACAACAUUUUGAGAAGGAUUCCAGCUCCUCUGAGCGUGUCCUUGUAGCCAUGCGCUGGGGGCUGGUUCCAGCAUGGUUUAAGGAAGCUGACCCGUCUAAAAUGCAGUAUAACACUUCCAAUUGUCGGAGUGAUACCAUGAUGGAGAAACUCUCCUAUAAGGGACCCCUUGUAAAAGGCAAGCGCUGUGUGGUGCUGGCUGAUGGCUACUAUGAAUGGCAACAACAUAAUGGACAGAAACAACCUUAUUUCAUUUACUUCCCUCAGGAUGAGCCAGAAACGUUCAGCAAACCAGAUGUGGAGGAUGAGGAUGAAAAUUCAAAGGGCAGGAGAUUACUCACCAUGGCUGGUAUUUUUGAUUGCUGGGAGCCCCUUCAUGGAGGAGAACCAUUGUAUAGCUUCACCAUCAUCACAGUAGAUGCUUCUAAAGGUGUAAGCUCCAUCCACCACAGGAUGCCAGCUAUCCUGGACGGGGAUGAGGCUGUUGGAAAAUGGAUAGACUUUGGAGAAGUGCCCACACAAGAAGCACUUAGGCUUAUCUGCCCCACAGAAAACCUUGCUUUCCACCCAGUCUCAACGAUAGUGAACAAUGCCCGAAACAAUACACCAGAAUGCAUUUUACCUGUUGAACUGGACCUUAAGAAGGACAUCAAAGUUAGUGCAAGCAGCAAAAUGAUGUUGAACUGGUUGAAAAACAAAUCUCCCAAGAAAGAGUAUGAUGAUGAUGGCUUACCAAGAUGGUCCAGCCAGUUCAUCAAAACCACAACCCCUAAGAAAACAAGUACAAGCUUAAUGCACCAGUGGCUCAAGAAGGAAGACGGGGAACCUCCUGCAAAGCAGCCCAAGAAACAGUGACUUGUUGAUCCUUCUACCUUAUUUCAAACAGGUCCAAUGAAUGAGUCUUUAGACACACGAUAGCUGCUCUGAAUAUUUCAGUUUGGUAGCUUCUACUGAUUUGAAUUUGUGUUGUGGGAUUUCACUGUUUUGACUAUUCACUGAUGCCAAGCAGGUGGGCCUUGGCAUUAAACAUUUUCUAUGUUGCCUCUAGUACAAACGAGUAUGGAUUUUAUAUGCAGCACUGACUUUUCCUUGACAAGCCUGAGAAUGCCACUGUGCUCCAAAGAUGUUAGAAGUGAAAGACUUAAAAAUCAAAUGGUUUCUCGUCCUAUGAGAGAAACAAGGAUUCUAUUUUGUUUGUUACUUGCCCUGGUAUUCAUUUGGUGUUACUUGUUCUGAUAUUCAUAGAUUCUCCUCUAACUCUGUGGAGAAAGCAGAUCACUAUUAGUAAGAUCUGCUGCUGCAAAGUGAAAGUUCUGUUUUGCAAUGCCUUAAAGGAGUUUCUAAGUAUGUGCUAUAUUGAUGGAGAAGCUGCUUCAGUGGAGUCAUUUCUGCAGCUGUUGUUUUGAGUAGUUGUCGAUAUGAGCGUUAAAACUUCAGCAUGCUAGCAUUGUAAGGAGAGUGAGGGUUUGGGUAUGCUUUUUUCAUAUAUCAAUCUUGUUAUUAGAGGGAAUUGUUAGUGCUGUAUACCACUAAAAUAGCCCCUCAUGUUUAAGCAAGAAGUUGGAUAGUUUGAUAAUGAGAGAUAAAAUCUUUUUUUCCGGUUGUUAGUUUGUUGCUAGUAUUAUUCUUUCUGUAUAUGGUAAGAAGAACUAAACAAUUACAUUACAAAUAUACUUUUAUA